GAGAAUCACCGAGGGAACACGGAAUCCCUCAUGCCUCCUGAGUGCUGAGAGCCUCUGAUUUCCUGCGCGCGCAAGAACGAAGCUUCGAGACUCUGCUUUGUUGAAUUCGAAUUCGCUCGCUGUGUCUGCAUCCCUCGUCUCGGGUUGUCCCCAAGAUGAACUAAAGUCCUUCACGAUAAUUUAUUCUUUGUGGGUUUGAUUUUGAGGUUACCAGAGUUUUGAAUCAAAACCCUAGUGGAAGUGCAUCAUCAGUGUCUUCAUUGGGUUUCCUGUACAUUGUAGGACAUAAAGGAUACCUAAUGAAUCUGUUAAUUCCUAAUCUUCCACAACAGCUUAAUUUCUCUGGAUCUUUGUCAAGUUCAGGCUGUCUUUCCCUCCAUGAAAAGCUUUCUCAUCUUUCCCUUUCUCACUCUCCCAUUGUUACACCCAAAAGGACAGUCAUUCGUAUGGGUGGGGGACCUAGGACUUACCCAGGAGGUGUGUCAAAAUGGCAGUGGAAGAGAAUGCAGGCCAAGAAAGCCAAACAGCUGCUAAAGGCCCGGCUAUGCCGUGAGCGACAGAUAUAUGAAAUGCGCAAGAGGGCAGAGCUGAAAGCUGCGGUUUCUGAGCUUGAGAGACCAUGGGAGGUUGUUGAGAGAGCCCCGACCUUAUUUUCAGUUAAAGCAGAUGAACAAUUGAAGGUGUUGGCUGAUAGGUUUCAGAAACCUGGUGGGUUUGAUAUGUGGUCUGAGAGAGAUGGACCGCAACUGUUUGAAACCCCGGAUGAGUUGCCUUCUGCAAGAUUUUUUCCCAAAGGGGUUGUCCACAGCAUUAGACCUUACAGGAGAAUCAGCGAUUCAGAGUUAGAUCAUAUUGAAGGGGGUUCAGAAUCAGAAGCUGACGAGGAUGUUUCAGGUAAUGAGGUGAGCAAGAUAACACACAGAUCAUCCAGAAGAAAAUUUAGAGGUAGGUCCUCUGGAGGAGGGGAGACUGAGGGAGGGGACUUAUCGGAUCAGGAAAAUGGACCAUAUUCUGGGAACUCUUCUUCAAUUAACUCAGUGGAGUCUUUGACCAAUAAGAGGCUUAAUGGAAAAUUGAGGAAGAAGGGGAAUAGAAGAAAGAAUUUUUCUAGGAAUCUAGAUGGUUCAAAUGGAUAUCUGGGGAGAGUUGAGUCUGAAAGGAAACAGAGAGGGAAUAGUUCCUAUCCACAUCGUCGUAGUGGCUACUAUAAGAGGGUGACUUCACCCUAUGCUUCACCAGAGCAUGAAGAUGCAGAGUCUGAAGUUUAUGAUAUGAGUUUGCAACGAGAUGGGAGUUAUGGGUUUACGCAGAGUGGUGCAUCUCACCCAAAUUAGGGGAAAGAAGCUUCAUUAUCAAUCCAUACAUUCUAAGUUAGAGAUGAGUUUUGAUCUGGCAAAUGGGUUGUAUAAGGAAAAUGUACCCUUUGUUAAUGAAAAUGUAUUACUUUUUUUUUUUUUAAAUAAUGUUUUUAGUUUGGUUA